AUGCCAACAAUACUACGUUGUUACAGUCAACGACAAACAAAUCCAUUACUUUGUCGUACAAUUGAAUAUGUUUGUAAACAAUUUUAUAUUAUUCAUCGAAAACCAUUCUUAUUACAAAUGGCUGGUGCUGUUGCAAAUAUUCUUGAUACUACUGAUAAUAAUUUUGAAGUAAAUCCGAUGAAGGUAAAAGCAAAAUAUUGGUUUAAUUUAUUGCAUAGCAUGGAAGAUAUGAAUGAUAUGAAUGAUCCAAUUCAUAUAUUGGAUUUAGUCAAUGAAACAAAACCAUUAAAAGCACUAGAUUUAUGUUAUCGUGAUGAUCCAAAUACAUUUAGCUUAUUAACAGAUGCAUUAGCAAGUGCUGUAACAGUAUGCGCUUUUGCGCCUGAAUCACGGCGCUGUUAUCAGAUGUUGUUAGUAAUGCAAGCAACAAUACCGUACUUCUUGGAACAAAUUGAACGGGAUACGGUAAAACAGGGUAACAGUAUGAUUGCUGUAAAACAUGAAAUAUCGAUUUAUACUACACUUUGUGUUGAAAUGAAAGCACUAGUAAAUUGUUGUGAUAUUCUUGCAAGAGGACCAACACGAACAUUUGAUAUCGUUAAUAGUGUCAGUGAUCGAGGAAAAUCCUUUAUUGCUGAUUCACCUCAAUUCUUUGAUCCACCAACAUUAAUUGAAGAUGAAACAAAAAUACAUUACUCGUAUAUUUCUCAUAAGAAGAAUGCUGUUAGCUCAGAUGCUAUUGAUAAUAUUGAGGGACAACGUGAAAUAUUCCGUCGUCCACGUGAUGCACUUCUUAUACUUGCAGCUACAUUUAUUGAGAAAGCAAAACCACGCAUAAAAGAACUUACUAAGCUUGCAUCAAAUAUUGAACAUAUCAAAAUUCCGGAAUUAUUCGAUCAUAAAUGCUUUGUGAAAUUAAAUGAAAUUGCUCUUGCAUUAUUAAAAAUUGCACCAUAUGAUUUGGGUACAAUAGCUUGUCUUGGAUUACAAAAAUAUUUCUCAGUGAUAUUAUUAACAACUGAUUGGUCAAUAGAAAAUAAUCGACCAGCAUUAAAUUUUGUUUUACGACGUUUGGAUAAAACAAUUCAAAAGAUUGGUAAAAAAAUUAUCUUUCGACGACGAACAAAUUGGAUUGCUUUAACAAAUUGGCUUAAUGGUUUACAUCAAACACUUGUUGCCUUUCCUUAUAUUGCUCAUUCACAUCCUCUAAAGUCUACAACAUUAAUGUGUUUACGAAUAAUGAUCGGUGAUCCAUUAAAUGAUGAUCUUUUCACUCAAUCAAAUACUACCUUUCAACCGUUUUACAUGGUACUUGUCCACCUCAACCAUUUGUACUGCAGUCCUUAA